CCUCUCUCCGUCCUCCUCCUCAUAUAUAACCCCGACACACCACAGUCUCUCCAAAGACAAAUCUCUCCAAUUUAGUUCGAUUCGAUUUUAUCUACGACGAUGGCAGAGAUCGAGGUUCCUCCUCACUUUCUCUGCCCCAUAUCUCUGCAGAUGAUGAGAGACCCCGUGACGGUCUCCACCGGGAUCACUUACGACCGAGACAGCAUCGAGAAAUGGCUGCUGUCGUCAUCUUGCACCAAACGACGAUGUGGUGUUGCCAUAAGCUGCCCGGUGACAAAGCAGCCGCUAAGCGACUCGGAGGAUCUGACGCCGAACCACACGCUGCGGCGGCUGAUCCAGGGGUGGUGCAGCCUCAACGCCCGGCAUGGUGUGGAGCGGAUCCCGACCCCUAAGGCGCCGGUGGAGCGAGGCGAUGUCAUGAAACUCCUGAGGGAAGCCAUGAAAAAUCCGAGCGGGAGGGUGGAGUGCCUGCGGAGACUGAAUUCUCUUGUGAGAGAAAGUGAGAAGAACAGAACCUACUUGCAGGAUGCCGAAUCCUUGGAGUUCUUAGCUUCCAUGUUGAACAAAAACAACGACGAAGCCAUAAUCGAAGAAGCCAUACAAAUUCUUUCCAACAUCAACUCUUAUUCAGACACAUUACUCCGACAACUUCUGUCCAAAAACACCGACAUAAUUGGCUGUCUAAUCUCCAUUCUCUCCAAAGAAACUGGAUCCAUCCCCUCUCGAUCCUCCGCCAUUUCCUUCCUCAACUCUCUCUACGCCGCCGCGGAUGAAGCCGUGAAAACCUUCGCCAAAGACGACCUCUUCAGAGAGCUGACCCGAGCCAUAACCGACCAGGUCGCCACCAAACCCGCCCUCCAAAUCCUCCUCCACCUCGCCCCAUGGGGGAGGAACAGAAUCAAAGCUGUCCAAAACGGCGUCGUUUUCAUCGUGAUCGAGGUGCUUUUGAGCUCGAAUGUUGGGAGGGAGUGCGAGCUGGCGAUCGUGGUCUUGGACCGGCUGUGCGAGUGCGCGGAGGGGCGGGUGGAGCUGCUCCGGCACCGCGGCGGGGUGGCGGUCCUGGCGAGGAAGAUUCUGAGGGUGUCACACUUGGCAAAUGAUAAGGUGGUGAGGAUUUUGUACUCGGUUUGGAAGAAUAAGUAUGGGAAUUGUGGGGUGAUGGAGGAAAUGGUGGAGGUUGGGGUUGUGGGGAAGAUGUGUUUGUUGCUUCAUGUCAAUGGUGGGAGUUUGAAGACCAAAGAGAGGGUUAAGGAGAUUCUUCUCCAUUUGCAACCAUUUGUUUCCAAGGUUUCUAAGUGUCUUCAUCUUCCUCUCGGGUACGAUCGGUUUUAGUUCAUAUACUAGUCGAUGAAUCAGAAUCGUUAUUUGUGACGUGAUUAUAUAUACGAAUCAUGUCUAUUGAUGACUAGUAUAUGUAUAUCUUCGAUUGUUCGUCAUAUAUAUUUGAUGUCAGUUAGAUUUCAAUUCAAACAUUUUUUGUUUCAAGUGGUUUUAUGGUUUUGUGUGUGUGGGUUUUCGUUGCUUCU